UCGGCCGGCCACGGGGGCGGAGACAGCGGCGGUAGCCGGGCCGGAGCCGGACGGCGAGCUGAGCGCGGACCAGGCCGAGCGGAGGGGACCUGCCACAGCCCCUCAACUCCACGGAUUCUUCUCCCCAGACUCGCGAAGCUGCACCCCCGCGCUUCCUUGGACGCCUCUGUAACCCGCAAGGGGCUCUCUCCCCCGUGACCCUCCAGCCCUGUGACCUCACAGCACCCGAGAGCUCACCCAGACGCGGGUGUUGUGGAGACAGGCGGGCAGCCCUGUGACCCCUCACGGGCAAGGGGCUCGGUUUCCCUCGCAGGGCUCCCUCUUCUAGGACUUCCUCUUGACAGAUUCUGGGGCAGAGCCGUGACCCACCACCCGGACCCCCGCCUGAGAGCUCCUCACUGACGGCCCCCUCCUCGGAGUCCCCCUCAGCGGAUCUCCUCAGAGCGCCCGUUUCGUCUCUGGCCAGCCCCCUACCCCCAAACGCGGUGGGGAGGCCCCGGCAGCCAUGCCCACCCUGGGCUCCCCCUCGCCCCACCACUCCCUGGGCACCCAAGCCGGGGUCUAGCAGGGGGCCCGCAGCCAAAGGGCUGGGGCAGGAGCCAGAUCAGGGUCCACCUCCCUGCUAGGGAGGGAGCAAAAUGGAGCGGCGGGAGGAGCAGCCCGGGGCUGCAGGGACUGGAGCAGCACCAGCCUUGGACUUCACUGUGGAGAACGUGGAGAAGGCGCUGCACCAGCUCUACUACGACCCCAACAUUGAGAACAAGAACCUGGCUCAGAAGUGGCUGAUGCAGGCCCAGGUCUCUCCACAGGCCUGGCACUUCAGCUGGCAGCUACUACAGCCCGACAAGGUGCCUGAGAUCCAGUACUUUGGGGCCAGUGCCCUGCACAUCAAGAUCUCUCGCUAUUGGAGUGACAUCCCCACCGACCAGUAUGAAAGCCUAAAGGCACAACUCUUCACCCAGAUCACCCGUUUUGCCAGUGGCUCCAAGAUUGUGCUGACUCGGCUGUGCGUGGCACUGGCCUCACUGGCUCUCAGCAUGAUGCCUGACGCUUGGCCAUGUGCUGUGGCAGAUAUGGUACGGCUUUUCCAGGCCGAGGACUCACCGGUGGACGGCCAGGGCCGCUGCCUGGCCCUGCUAGAGCUUCUGACAGUGCUGCCUGAGGAGUUCCAGACCAGCCGCCUGCCCCAGUACCGCAAAGGCCUGGUGCGAGCCAGCCUGGCGGUAGAGUGUGGGGCUGUCUUCCCAUUGCUGGAGCAGCUGCUACAGCAGCCCAGCUCACCCAGCUGUGUGCGUCAGAAGGUGCUCAAGUGCUUCUCCAGCUGGGUGCAGCUGGAGGUGCCACUGCAGGACUGUGAGGCGCUCAUUCAGGCUGCCUUCGCUGCUCUGCAGGACUCGGAGCUCUUCGACAGCAGUGUGGAGGCCAUUGUCAAUGCCAUCUCGCAGCCUGAUGCCCAGAGGUACGUGAACACACUCCUGAAGCUUAUCCCACUGGUGCUGGGACUGCAGGAACAACUGAGACAAGCAGUGCAGAAUGGGGACAUGGAGACCUCCCAUGGCAUCUGCCGCAUUGCUGUGGCCCUGGGCGAGAAUCACUCCCGAGCCUUGCUGGACCAAGUAGAGCACUGGCAGAGCUUCCUGGCACUGGUCAACAUGAUCAUGUUCUGCACGGGCAUCCCUGGCCACUAUCCUGUCAACGAGACCACCAGUUCCCUCACCCUCACCUUCUGGUACACACUGCAGGAUGACAUUCUGUCCUUUGAGGCAGAGAAACAGGCUGUGUACCAGCAGGUGUACCGGCCGGUCUACUUCCAGCUGGUGGAUGUGCUUCUACACAAGGCCCAGUUCCCUUCCGAUGAAGAAUAUGGAUUCUGGUCCUCAGACGAAAAGGAGCAGUUCCGAAUUUACAGGGUGGACAUCUCAGACACGCUCAUGUAUGUCUAUGAGAUGCUGGGGGCCGAGCUGCUCAGCAACCUCUAUGACAAGCUGGGCCGUUUGCUUACCAGCUCAGAGGAGCCCUACUCCUGGCAGCACACAGAAGCCCUGCUCUAUGGCUUCCAAUCCAUCGCAGAGACCAUAGAUGUCAACUAUUCUGAUGUGGUGCCUGGGCUCAUUGGCCUCAUCCCACGGAUCAGCAUCAGCAACGUGCAACUGGCAGAUACUGUCAUGUUCACCAUUGGAGCUCUGUCUGAAUGGCUGGCCGACCACCCUGUCAUGAUCAACAGUGUCUUACCCCUUGUACUGCAUGCCCUGGGCAAUCCUGAACUCUCAGUCUCUUCUGUGUCCACCCUCAAGAAGAUCUGUCGAGAAUGCAAGUAUGACCUGCCACCCUACGCCGCCAACAUCGUGGCUGUGUCACAGGAUGUGCUGAUGAAACAGAUCCACAAGACAAGCCAGUGCAUGUGGCUGAUGCAGGCAUUGGGCUUCCUGCUGUCGGCCCUGCAGGUGGAGGAGAUCCUUAAGAACCUGCACUCUCUCAUCUCACCCUACAUCCAGCAGCUGGAGAAGCUGGCAGAGGAGAUACCCAACCCCUCCAACAAGCUGGCCAUUGUCCACAUCUUGGGGCUUCUCUCCAACCUCUUCACCACGCUGGACAUCAGUCAUCACGAGGAUGAUCACGAAGGCUCUGAGCUCCGGAAGCUGCCAGUGCCACAGGGACCCAACCCCGUGGUGGUGGUGCUGCAGCAGGUCUUCCAGCUCAUCCAGAAGGUGCUGAGCAAGUGGCUGAAUGAUGCCCAGGUGGUGGAGGCGGUGUGUGCUAUCUUUGAGAAGUCAGUGAAAACGCUGCUGGACGACUUUGCCCCUAUGGUGCCACAGCUGUGUGAGAUGUUGGGCCGGAUGUACAGCACCAUCCCACAGGCCUCUGCCCUCGACCUCACUCGGCAGCUGGUCCACAUCUUUGCCCAUGAACCUGCCCACUUUCCCCCAAUCGAGGCCCUCUUCCUGCUCGUCACCUCCGUCACACUCACUCUCUUCCAGCAAGGGCCCAGGGAUCAUCCUGAUAUUGUUGAUUCAUUUAUGCAACUCCUGGCACAGGCUCUGAAGCGGAAGCCAGAUUUAUUCCUGUGUGAACGAUUGGAUGUCAAAGCCGUGUUCCAGUGUGCUGUGCUGGCCCUCAAGUUCCCUGAGGCACCUACUGUCAAGGCCUCCUGUGGCUUCUUUACAGAGCUGCUGCCUCGGUGUGGGGAAGUAGAGUCUGUGGGAAAGGUGGUGCAGGAGGAUGGCCGUGUGCUGCUCAUAGCAGUGCUGGAGGCCAUCGGGGGCCAGGCCUCCCGCAGCCUCAUGGACUCCUUUGCCGACAUUCUGUUCGCCCUGAACAAACACUGCUUCAGCCUCCUGAGCAUGUGGAUCAAGGAGGCACUGCAGCCCCCUGGCUUUCCCUCUGCCCGCCUCAGCCCUGAACAGAAGGACACCUUUAGCCAGCAGAUCCUCCGUGAGCGAGUGAACAAGAGGCGGGUGAAGGAGAUGGUGAAGGAGUUCACGCUGCUGUGCCGGGGGCUACAUGGCACAGACUACACAGCUGACUACUGAGGGGUGCCCCAUCCCACCUGCCCGAACCUUGCCCUCCCAGUCCCCAAAGAGUAAACCUGGACCCUCA